CAGAAUAUGUUGUUCUGGGCAUUUUCUCCACACUAGGCUAGUAUAAUAAUAUAUUAAAAAAAAGGAAUAGUGAAGGAAUAUAGGUAGUUGAUCCUACGUUUGACACCACAGGAAACAGAUCAGAGAGAAAAAGAUGGGAAUCGUUGAAUGUGCACACAACGUCAAAGUGCUGGGUUCAGGCUUGCAAACAAUAGUAUUAGCUCAUGGCUUCGGAACCGAUCAGUCGGUAUGGAAACACCUGGUGCCUCACAUCGUUGAUGAUUACCGGGUCAUACUUUUCGACAACAUGGGUGCUGGAACAACUAACCCUGAUUACUUCGAUUUUGAUCGCUAUGCUACUUUGGAGGGUUAUGCUUUUGAUGUUAUUGCAAUCUUGACGGAGUUGCAAGUUCAGUCUUGUAUUUAUGUUGGCCACUCUGUUUCCGCUAUGAUUGGUUCUAUUGCUUCUAUUAGUCGCCCUGACCUCUUCACUAAGCUCAUUCUUGUCUCCGGUUCUCCCAGAUACUUGAACGAUGUGGACUACUUUGGUGGAUUCGAACAAGAUGAUCUGGAUCAACUAUUUGAAGCAAUGCAGUCAAAUUUCAAGGCAUGGUGUGCUGGAUUUGCGCCGCUGGCUGUGGGGGGUGAUAUGGACUCGGCAGCUGUUCAAGAAUUCAGUCGAACUUUGUUCAACAUGAGACCGGACAUAGCUUUGAGUGUGGCCAAGAUCAUAUUUAUGAGCGACUUGCGACAUCUGUUGCCCCUUGUAACUGUUCCUUGCCAUAUAAUUCAGAGCAUGAAAGACCUUGCCGUGCCUGUGGUGGUUUCGGAGUACCUUCACCAAAAUAUAGGAGGUAAGUCCAUCGUCGAGGUUAUGUCAACGGAUGGUCAUUUGCCGCAGUUGAGCUCACCAGAUGUUGUCAUUCCAGUGCUGCUUAGGCACAUCCACAAUGAUAUUGUUGUAUGAUUUAUGUUACAGGAUUAGAAUUUGGGGGUCAAUGUGUAAUUUCUCUUAUUUCGUCUCAUUUCUGCCUACCAUGUGUAUGUCUGUAUAAAUAAUUGUGUUUGCAAUAUCUUUUGGUACAGAA